AUGUGCCACACCAGCUGCUCCGAGGGCUGCCAGCCGGCCUGCUGCGUGCCCAGCCCCUGCCAGGUGUCCAGCUGCGUGCCCAGCUCCUGCCAGGUGUCCAGCUGUGUGCCCGUGAGCUGCAGGCCAGUUGUGUGCUUUCCAGUGAGCUGCAAGCCUGCCGUGUGCCUGCCCGUGAGCUGCAAGCCCAUCGCGUAUGUGGCCUCCUCCUGCCAGUCCUCUGGUUGCUGCCAGCCCUCGUGCCUCACCCUGGUCUGCACCCCUGGCCCAUGUGGCACCCCCAAUUGCUGCUGA